UUUCUUCAGUUUCUUGUACAUUUUAAUGCCUGGUACAACUAAAGCUACAUUUGCUUGGGCAAAUAUAAUGAUGAUAACAAGAAUAGCUCAUAAGUUACAUUUUUGCCAGUACAAUAUCAUAUUUAUUGCUGUGAUUUUGGCAGUUAUCAAGAAAACCGUGGGAAUGGCUAGGUGUUCGCUCUUAAAUGAAACUAUUAUGAGCUACUUUUGUUGCCAUCAUUGUAUUUGUCCAAACAAAUGUACCUUUACUUGUGCCAGGCAUUAAAAUGAACAAGAAACUGAAGACACAAGGGUGGUCCAAUAAUUUCUUCCAUGUCUGAACAUUCAAAGCAUUAGAAUAACAAAAUACAUCAAUAAUCCUGGAUCUGGAACUUUUUGUAGUGAAUACACAUUACUACGGCUUACAGUAUUUUUCGCAUGGAUCAAAUAAAAAUGUACUUUUCUUAUCUUAACCUUGUUUAUUUGUCUCUUGCAGGCCGGAGGUAAGAUCUGACUGACACAAACACGACUAAAGAAACAAUGCAAAUAAUACUGAAUGCAUAUUCAGCAUUAAUAGUGUCAUAAUGAUGUCAUUAUUCAUUCUUCAUUUAGAGAAAACCAAAGAUAUCAGCUUCAAGGAAGCUCAUGCUCAAGAGUCUGAUGGUGGCCAAGGCCAAGGAGGAACUUGAGCAAGAGAUCCUGGAUAAAGAGGAUGAGAAACAGAGGUACCUGGCAGAGAGAGCUCCUCCCCUCAACACCGGCUACAUGAGCCUGGCACAGCUACAGGAUCUGUGCAGAGAGCUUCAUGCCAAAAUCGAUGUGGUGGAUGAGGAGCGAUAUGACAUUGAGGCCAAAGUGAUGCUCAACACACGUGAGAUUAAAGACCUGAACAUCAAGGUUUUGGACCUCAGGGGGAAAUUCAAGAGGCCUACACUGCGCCGCGUUCGUGUGUCUGCUGACGCUAUCCUCCGCUCGCUGCUGGGCUCGAAGCACAAAGUCUCUAUGGACCUCCGAGCCAACCUCAAGUCUGUCAAAAAAGAGGAUACUGAGAAGAAGAGACCAGUCGAGGACAGUGACUGGAGGAAAAAUGUGGAAGCCAUGUCAGGAAUGGAGGGAAGAAAGAAGAUGUUUGAUGCUGCCAAGGGUUCUGCCCAGUGAACGCAGAACUUGAGUUUCUCCUGCACCUGAAUCCACUUUCCCACUGUCUAUCAUCCUCAGCAAAUGCGAGACAAUGUCCGUAUUUCUCCCUCUUUGCAGUAUCUUAAAUGGAGUGACAUGACUAUAUCUAUGGCUUGAGCUGUUAUUGUUGUUUACGAUCUACUGUAUUUCUCCAAACUCCCAGAGCUGUGGUCAGCACCUAAAAUUUGCCUCCCAAUAAAGUCAACCAGGUUUC